GCUGUGGAAUCUUAUAUUCUUUAUACUUUUAUGUUUGCUCAUUAACUGAUCCAAUGCAUUACACAUAGCAUUACACAUAUCACGUAUACAUGCACCGUGUCCUUAUAUGACCACUGCAACACACGAACCUUGCACGAUACUCACCUCACCACAGGAGUUUUAUCUCACGUACACAGACUCAACAACAGCUCCUUAUAAGGACUAUUUUUUUAAAACUCUCAAGGACAAGUUACUGCUACAUUCACAUAUUUAUACACUGACCACAAGGUACUGACACAGAUAAAGCUGCACCUUUUUCUUUGAUCCUCCUCUGUUCGGAGGGUUUCCUCUUUCUGCUGAUUUUCUGCAGGCCCAGUUCUACCACAAUUACAUGGCGACGAGGAUGGGAUUCCUAACAUCAACCGGGUAGUUUCCUCCGAAACAACUUCUCCACCCAAAUCAACUGAGGAAUAGAUCCGAAGGCAGUGAUGGAAAUAAACAGGACCUCAACUGAGAUGCUAGUAGACACUGGGGCUACUGUUUCUACCCUGACUCCCUCUGAUGCAGCUGCUGCUAAUGUUGCACCCUCCACAGAAACCCUAAGUACCAUAGGAGUGGCUGGAAUUACGCAACAAAAUUAUGUCUCACAACCUGCUCUAGUGUCUUUUCAGGGUCAAAAUCUGGAGCACUCUUUUCUACUUAUGGGCGACAACUCACCAGUAAGUUUAAUGGGAAGAGAUUUAUUAGGUAAGUUAAAAGCCACUUUGGUAUGCCAUGCUAAUUCUGUUGAAUUACAGCUCCCUCCAACUUCCCAGAUGUCCAUGACAGUUAACCAGCCUGGACUUUUCUACAGCCUAAUGUAUAAUGACUUUCAGUCAGAUAUUAUUAUAAGAAGCAUGGUGCCUUUUACAUUUGAUCUAUUGCAGGAGUUUCUCUCAGACAGCCCAGACCUCCCUGAUGUUUCCUCAGCUUGUGUCCCUCCACACCGCAUGCACUGGACUUUGCACGUUGACCCUACAGGACGAGACCUUGAGUAUUUCCAUCAUUUUUCUCCCUUCUUAGGACAGGCCUGUAGUGUUUUUGCGUGCACCAUUUUGUUGUGUAAGCAGGGGGGUGCCCUAUUGACACAUCAAUUGGGCCCAGUAGCCUCCAGCUUGUUCCAGCAACCUGACUCCGCCCCACACCUGACUCUCUACACCUGUGAAGGUUACGAGCCUAAAGACUUAGGUCCCAUAGCAAAGACCUUACAGACUCUGACUCCAACCAUCUCACAUUUGUACCAAGGAAUGGUGUACUCCCACUAUGAGGGCGUGGCAUGGACAGUGACAGUAGAUGACUCAUGGUUAGCUGAUGACGAAGAUCCUGUAUGCACCAUUUCACCUUUUAAGACCACUGACAUGUCUCACCCUCUUUCUCUGUUCUCAGUUUCUGUUCCUCCUCAGUCCCCUGCCACAGCGGGAGUCCCAGACACAUUGUGGUCUCAGUACUCUAAUGAGUGUGGCCUAAUGUUGUCUCAUCCUCCUGUGUCAAUUCCUGUAAAAUCAGGUCCUGCUCCCAGAAAACAGCAGUACCCCCUCUCACAGGCCUCUCUGGAAGGCAUUAAGCCUGUCAUCGCUACCCUUUUAGACCAAGGAGUUUUUUAUUGUAUUGAUUUAUUGUAGUUUGUUCUAAAGAACAAAAGGGGGGAAUGUGGAAUCUUAUAUUCUUUAUACUUUUAUGUUUGCUCAUUAACUGAUCCAAUGCAUUACACAUAGCAUUACACAUAUCACGUAUACAUGCACCGUGUCCUUAUAUGACCACUGCAACACACGAACCUUGCACGAUACUCACCUCACCACAGGUGUUUUAUCUCACGUACACAGACUCAACAACAGCUCCUUAUAAGGACUAUUUUUUAAACUCUCAAGGACAAGUUACUGCUACAUUCACAUAUUUAUACACUGACCACAAGGUGCUGACACAGAUAAAGCUGCACCUGUUUCUUUGAUCCUCCUCUGUAAGUUUCGAUAACACUAUAUGCUCAAGUAUAUAAAGAUUGUACGCCCCAAGAGCGGGCAGAGAACUUACUUUGUGUAUCCUGUACGCAUAGCUGAACUUCUCUCCAUGCUGCAUGUAAUAAACUGGGUGACUUAGCAACUCAA